AUGGUCAAAAAGGCAAUUAUCAUUGGCGCUGGCCCGGCAGGGCUUGCAGCUGCUUUGCGUCUGAAACAGAAUAACGGAAUCGACUGCAUCGUUUAUGAGAUCCGCGAAAAGCCCGCUACAAUUGGUGGCGCGGUCAAUAUUCCUCCUAAUGGCGUUCGAUUGUUCAACAAGCUCGGGGUAUAUGACGCUCUUAAUGCUCGAGCUUCCUCAGCUUCCUUGAUGACCAUUGCACCGACAGAUAAAACGCCCAUCUUUGAAUAUGAUAUUGGGGAAGCUUGCAGGAAUGCCACUGGGUUCGGCAUAUGGCGAGUGUUGAGAGCAGAUAUCAUUGAGGUCCUUCUUGCUGCCGCUCAACACGAAAAAAUUCCCGUUGAGUUUGGCAAAACAUUGACGGAGGUCUUUGAGACACGGGAGAGCGUCAAAGUCACCUUCGAGGACGGCACGGAAGACUCUGCCGACAUCCUUCUCGGCUGUGAUGGCAUCCACUCCUCGGUGCGUAAGCUACAUGUUGACCCUCUUAUCGAGCCGGAAUAUUCUGGGGUCUCGAACAUGUUUGCGAUCUUACCGUCGACAGCUCUUGCUGCUCCCUCGCCUGUCAAGCCAGCCAUCCAAAUGACAUUCACUUCCGAUGGCCUCUUCUCUGUCGUCCCAUGCACGGCUUCUGGCGACCAACUGUAUUGGUUUUACUCGCGAAAGAUUGAAAUGCCAGGGGAUGAAGACAGUCGUGAUGGCUGGGAAGCCUUUGGUCAGAAGGCUGUUCAGGACUUGAAGAUGGGCAUGUUCGACGCGCUCAAGGACGUAACCGGGAAGUGGGGAGACGCUAUAAGAGGCCUAAUCUCAGCAACGGACAGUGUCAAGUUCUACCCCAUUUACAAGAUGGCCCCGUCGUGUCGAUGGUCAACUGGUCGUUGCAUUUUACUUGGCGAUGCUGCCCACGCUAUGCAGCCACAUCUUGGUCAAGGAACUUCCAUGGCACUGGAGGAUGUUUUCUUACUCUCACGCCUUUUGGAGAGUCGACCUAUCGAGCUAGAUGAGGCUUUCAGGCGUUAUGAAGAGAUUAGACGUCCCCGGGUUGAGAAAAUCUCUCAAAGUGCGGCUCACUCCGGAAACCUGCGAGCAAAAUUGGAUCCUAGCAUGUCUCGGACGCGUGAAGAGACACUCGCGGCUCAGUGGCGCAAUGGAUCACGACUGACUGAUUAUGUCUAUAACAUCCUUGAGGUAGAGCUGUGA